AUGGCACCUCACUGGGGCACACAGAAGUGCCCCAAAGCUGAUCGUUUCCAUUGGCGCAUCCGAGACGAGAACAAAGACUCUUCUUUCUGCCCCUUUUGCGGGAAAGCCUGGCCCCAGCCGAUUGUUAUAUCAGACACCGAGUCCCCAGCAGUCCAAAGCUCUCCAUCGAAUCAACCUUCCGCUCAGGUCUUCGGCCCAGCUCGACCGUCAGCUCGAAAGCGGGACCGGACGAUCAACUUUCAAAACCAUUGGAAGUCUUCCGUUAAACGUGCUACUGCGUACUGCAGGACGGCAGAGGUAGAAGACCCUUACGACCAUCCACUCGGACUGCCGAUCCGUGUCAACGCUAUCCUCUCCCGUGGCGAGCAGCAAGCUGGGUUUUUUUUGUCGAAGAAACAGGAUCCGAUUGGAGUGUUGAGCUUGACCCUUUCCCACACGACGAUUAUGCCCAUAGCCAUGCGAUACUGUCACGAGGAGUGCGGAGUCUACUUCGAGGAUCAGCUCCACAAUAAUAUGCGCUGGGAGAUUGGCAGCCGUUGGCAAAAGCUUCACUCCAGCGGGCACGGCGGAUUGAAGAGGGUCCCGCACCGCGGUCUUUCUGUUUGCGACCUCUUUUUCCCGCAUGAUGUAAAAUCUGGCAAGUCCCGCAAGAGCUGGGAUGUAAGCGAGGGUCAUAUCGUCGUCUGGAUCGCCUUCCAGGUCGAAGAACCUAACCCUCGUGCCCCGAAUGUCGGUCCGAAGCGGAAAAGGAAGAGGAAUGCGUCUCCUAAUGUCAGGGGUAGCAUCCAUAUCAAGAAAGAACGCAUCAACGCUACCCGAUUCGAAAUCCAAUCCUCACGGCGCCGGUCGGUACCGGCUCGCGAGGAUAAUGAGCAAGAUGAGGGGCCAGAUGAGGGGCAGGACGGAGAUAAGGAUGAGGAAGAUGAAGAUGAAGGAGAUGAAGGAGGCGAGAGCCUCUUUGCCAACGAAGCUCAGGGUCCCUCAGCUCCCUCUGCAGACAUAGAGGCAGCAGUCUCUCAAGGGCCGGCCUUCAACACUAGGCACCUCCAGGAGAGACGACGAGGCUAA